UUGGGUCACCAAUAUUUGUUUGUUUGUUUGUUUUUCAUUUCACCAUUAAACUUGUGUCACGUUUGAUAAAGUGGACACUUUUGUGUGUGUAUCACUUUAUUCACCUCAACACUGAGAAAGAGACAGACCACAAGAAAGUGAGUAGUGUUAUUUCAGAUCAAAUGGGGGACUUUACUGCUCAUACUGAUAAAAGUGAGAUGGUUAAGAGGGUGAUUGACAUGCGAUCCGAUACAGUGACCAAACCAACCGAAGCAAUGCGUAUUGCAAUGUCGAAUGCUGAGGUUGAUGAUGAUGUAUUGGGUCAUGAUCCAACUGCUCUCCGCCUCGAAACAGAGAUGGCACAAAUCAUGGGCAAAGAGGCUGGAUUGUUUGUUCCAUCAGGAACAAUGGGUAAUCUCAUUAGUGUGCUUGUGCAUUGUGAUGUAAGAGGAAGUGAAGUUAUUCUUGGAGAUAACUCUCAUAUCCAUAUUUAUGAGAAUGGUGGUAUUUCUACCAUUGGUGGGGUCCACCCAAGAACAGUAAAGAAUAACAAGGAUGGAACUAUGGAUUUGGAUUUGAUUGAGUCUGCCAUUAGAGAUCCUAAAGGAGCCCUUGUUUAUCCAACAACUAGACUUAUUUGCAUUGAAAACUCCCAUGGAAAUUCUGGUGGUCGAUGCCUUUCUGUAGAAUACACAGACCAAGUCGGAGAGUUGGCAAAGAAGCACGGUUUGAAGCUUCAUAUAGAUGGGGCUCGCAUCUUUAACGCAGCUACAGCACUUGACGUUUCUGUUGAUAGACUGGUGCAAGCAGCAGACUCAGUUUCGGUCUGCCUGUCCAAAGGCCUUGGAGCACCUGUCGGAUCUGUGAUUGUUGGAUCGAAAAGCUUUAUAGCCAAGGCAAAAAUAAUGCGGAAAACUCUAGGUGGUGGGAUGAGACAGGUCGGGAUCCUGUGUGCGGCUGCCUUAGUUGCAGUGCAAGAAAAUGUAGCAAAGCUUAAGGAUGACCAUAAGAAUGCUAAGCUCUUAGCAGACGGAUUGAAUCGAAUUGCGGGGCUAAAAGUUGACGUGAGUGCAGUUGAUAGUAAUAUUAUCUUUGUUGAUGUAUGUGGAAACUCAAACAUUACAGCACCGAAACUAUGUAAGAGGUUGGAGGAGAAUGGUAUACUGUUUAUGUUAGAAAACACAUUCAGAUUCAGGGUUGUAAUCCACCAUCAAAUCACAAGAAGAGAUGUUGAAUAUACUUUGUCAUGCCUUCCGAAAGCAGUAACGGAGGCAUCAAGUGAAUAGAUUGCAAAUUGAGAUUCAAUGAAAUUGCACUUCAGUACUUGCUAAUAAUGUGAUUUACUAGUACAUUGUAAAUCUAAUCAUUAAUGAAGUGCAACAAAUGUGACCAAUUGUUAUAUUGUUGUAAACUAUAAUUAACAAUUUUUAUAGUUACGGCUUAUGAUCAACUACUUUCAUUAGCCUAUGAUCAACUACUUUCAUUAGCCUUUUGUCCAUACCAGGUGCGCCGUAGACAUUGAUGAUUGUUUAGGAAUAAAAGGGUUCAAAACACACCCGAUGACCUGAUA